AUGACUAGCACCAUCAUCACGGACAACGGAUCCCAGUUCGCCAGCACAAGGUUCCGAGAGUUCUGCGCGAAUUACGGGAUUCAGUUGAGGUUCAGCUCGGUGGCCCACCCCCAGACGAAUGGACUGGCCGAGGUGACCAACCGAUCUAUUCUGGACGGGCUCAGAAGGAGAGUGUCUACGGUCCGAUCAGCUUGGGUGGACGAGCUCCCAAGUAUCCUUGGUCCCUGCGGACCACCCCCAAAACCGCAACUGGAGAAUCCCCCUACAGCCUCUCAUUCGGGACCGAGGCCGUACUACCCCCCGAAGUGGUUUUCCCUACCCAUCGGACGAAAAACUACGAUGAAAGGAUAUCGACCCAAGGACUAUAAGUCGGUCUCGACUUGCUCGAAGAGCGGCGUGCUGACGCGCACUUGA